AUGAAGGUGUUCUGUGCUUUUCUCUUGGGUUGCUUCACCUGCAUCAAUGCCGUACCCGUUCCCCAGCAAAAUGCUACAGCGGUGGCCGAGAAUUUGAAAGAACUAGUAACCAAACUGAGCAACGGCACCACAACUAAUUCAACAGAAGCAGCCAAAGAAUUCCAAGCCAAAGCGAUCUAUUCUUACCCAACGCAACCAACUUACGUUCAGCCAACUUACACAUAUCCGGCAACGGCAACGACUAAUUAUGGUAAUCGAGAAUACGUUAACUACGACGGUACACCGUACACCGGAUUUCCACCCACUACUACGACAACCACUGGAACGACGUAUCCGACCACUACUGGCUAUUACGGAACCACCAAUCCGACAACGGGUGGAUAUACGGCUGGGUAUACAGCGUAUCCUUAUGCAACAACCGGCUAUCCAACAACCUCACCAACCGACCCAUACACCGGUGCUGGUAAUCCUUACGGCUACACCCCAUACCCUACACCGUCUCCUUAUGGCGCACCGUCUCCAUACGGCUCACCAUCUCCAUACGCUGCACCAUCUCCAUACGGCUAUUCUCCGUAUCCCCCCAAUCCCUAUUACGGCGGAGGAUCUCAUUUCGGUGGACAUCAUGGAAGUCAUAGCCACUUUUAA